CUCACAUUCACUCCACUCAGUCAUCACUCUAGUUCAGGCUUUCAUUACUUCUGUCCUGAAUUAAAGAGAUAGCUUUAUAUAAUCUUCCCUGCCUCACAUUUCUCUAUAUGUAUCUUCCACGUAGCUAAAAAAUUUGUCCAAGUAACCCAGCCUCUCAACAAGCUUCAGUAAUUCCCUAUUACUUCUAGUAUCAAUUUUAAACUCUUUUAUUUGGCAUUUAAAGUUCUUCACAUUUUGUUUUCAUCCUAUUUUUCCCCAUAUUACUCUUUUCCAUGGAAUUUAUAGUGUAGAUUCUUUUAUGGAGACAAUUGGGGUUAAGUGACUUCCCCAGGGUCACAUAACUACAAACAUUAAGUGUCUGAGGCCAAAUUUUAACUCGGAUCCUCCAGAUUCCAGGGCUGGUGUUCUACCCACAGUGCAAUCUACCUGCUCCCACCCUGACUUUCUUGUACUCCAACACCUUAUCUUUAUGCCUUGAAUACACUCCCUCCUUCUGGUUAUUUUUACUGUAGCUCAUUUCCUUCAAGAUUCAGCUCAAGUAACACUUUUCCUUGUGCAUAAACUGCAAGUACCUUCUUCCCCAUUUCCAAGAUGACCUUGGACCUGCUUUUCAUGAAUUUUGCGUGUGCUACCUCCACAAGGGCAAGGAAUUCUGCUCCAGUGACUGUAUUCUGAAAGGUGAUCUGCAUUUCAUCUUGUCUAAAAUGAGGCCUCCACACCACUUCUCUGACAUUUCCACCUCAAAUCACCGUGACCAUACCACUCCCAACCCUUCAUUAGCAAUCUCCAAUUAGAAUGUAAACUCCUGAGGGGCAGAAAUAGUCUAGUUUGUUUGAUUUGUUUUUCUAGGGCUAAUCUUUUAGCAAAGACUUAAUGAAUGCUCUGGGAGUGGGUUUUUUAUCUAUGAUCAAUUUAAAUACAAUUGUUAAAAUGUUAGGUGUCGACUCUGGGUAAGUCCCUAGAACCUGGCAAGUCACUUAACCUCAAUUUGUCUCAAUUGUCUCAGCCAAAAAACCAAAACAAAAUGUUGUGUCUUGAGAACUGUGAUUGUUUCCCUUUAAAUCUUCAAAUCUGUAGACCACAAUGCUGGGUUUGUAGAAAGAAUAUAAUAUUUGUUUUUCUUUUUUUUCCUGUAAAUUCUUAUAGAUUAAGUGCUUUGGGAUAAUUUUGAAUGACUCUUAGUUAUUGCAAAAUGUGCUAUAUUUAGUCAAAUUUUGGCUAUGUAUAGAAAAUAUAUUACUUUGAAUGGGAUAACCUGCUUUGUUUAGCUUCAGAACUGCCCUAGAGCCUCAGGAUUCUGACAGAUGAGUGUCUGAUGUGAUCCUUAAUCAUGUUUCACUUUACUUCAUCUUCUCAAUCUCCACCUUUUUUCUUGACUUUCCUCACCUUGAUUAUCACUUCUGGUUCUGAAAGCAUAAUCAAGUUAGUACCAUUAUGGAAGUGUAGCUCUACCCAGUACUCCAGAAAUUUUUCAAUUUUCCAAUCAUCAUUCCAACGCAAUUAUUUCACUAAAUUGUAAACUUUUCGGGAUCUGGGGCUGAUUUUACUUUAUUUGUACAUCUAGUCGUUUAACACAGGUUGCCCAGUAAGGGGUUAAUAAAUGCUUUUCCCCAUCCAUUCAUUUUUUCACAAUUCACUUAUGCACAAUUUUGUUGGGGGAAUUUCCUUGUUUAUAAAACCGGGGUGAAGAUGGAAGAGGACGCUGUUCCUUCCAACUCUAAAUUUAUGAGCCAGUUUUUUUCUCUCCUUGGAGAGGCUGUGAUAAAAUGGCUGUAGUAGUCUCCACCCUGUCCUCACCCAGAUCUUUGCGAUAGAAAACUCAUCAAAGAAAACUGGUUUUCUCACCAUUCUUCUCUCCAAGUUGUUUUCUCUUCGGUCCCCCAAAUCUAACAUUGCGCAUUUAAACUACUGUCCCUCCCUUUCCCGUAGACUCUCUAGGUUAUACUCCUUUCUGUCUUCCAUUCCUUCAUGCUCCUCUCUCCAGUUAGGUUGCUACUCCUUUCUCAUCUUCGAAGACAACAGGAGGAGAGGUAUUUCUUGGCACUGUUACUAUAACUUGGCAUAAGCCUGGAGAGUACACAUCUGGCUACCUCCUUGCCUUUUUCUUCCUCCUGGCUCUCAGACUCGCUAUGCAUUUGAUUUUGUUCGUCUUCUGACUCUACUGCUUUCCAUCUUGCAGGGUUGCUUGAGUCUUUCGCACAAGAUAGUCCCAAAGGGUUAAUGAUUUAGGCGGUUGCCAGUUUUAAAGAGAGCUUGUUUACGGACCAGCAUAUUCAGUCAUCAUCUAGCAGAUUUAGAAUGGACUAUUUAAAACUGAUCCACGCUAUUUUCUGUUUCCCAAUCCCGCUUCUCCUCAUUUUUUCCUUAAUGAUCUUAAAGAAGAAAAGGGCAGAAGGUGAGUGAGUUUAUUCUGGAAGAUACGGGCUGUUGUCAUGGCUCCGGGAUCCCUAGGGUGGAGAGAAAAUGGACUCAGAGUACCUACAGACUUUUUUUUUUUUCCCCAAACGGUCCCUGGGAGCAUUGUAUACCGUCAGUGGCAGUACUGGGGGGAAUCAGAUUUUCGACAAUAGAAAACCAAAUCUCUUUUUUGUUUAACUUGUGGGAUGAGCGUGCCUUCUUUAGAUUUAGGACCUCAGAGAAGAAGGCAAUUAUUUACUUCUGCUUUUUUCCCGCUGGGACACUCGCCUGAGGAUUUCCAAAGUGCGAAAGCUACAGCAGGCACCCUCGGCGCAUCCUCCCAGAACAAGCGCAGGCUCCCCGCUCUCGCAGCCAAAAGUGGGUGGGGCGGUCAGUAGCCCCAGCGGGGACCGCGGGAAGCCCCACCUGUUUCUUUUUUCUUUUUCAACUUUAGACUGGGGCUCCCUUGUGAGCCACACCUCCUUUUAGUCGAAGUUAAGCCCAGGGGAUUUCUUAGAGGGGAGGAGGGAAAAAGCAGCAGGGCCGCCAGUCACUCGGACAGCUAAUCCUGCCAAAUCCAGCCCUCUGCACAGAACGCGCAGUUUGGUGAGUGCAUGGCGUGAAUUCCCGUGGCCUGCGCUGCACGCGGGGCUGCCCCGGCGCCCGCCCGCUGCCUCCGCCCGCGCCUGGAGUGCUUGGAAACCCCCGCCGCUAGUCCUAAACCCCGCUGGGAUUCUGUCGGCAUUUUGCAGCUGAGUACUUUUCUUAGCGAAGUGAAAAAAAGAUAGUCUUUAGUUUCCGACAAGGAGGAGGCUAGAGGGAGAAUCUGCUCUAUUUUAAAAUGUAUUUUUCGGGAGGUGGGGGCGAGCGGUGAGUGGAAGUGGGAGAAAACUGCUCUAGAUACACGCCCGCGUUGAUCCUAAGCUCAGGGGAUCUCGAACCCGGACGGUGCAGCGUGGGGCGCCCGACUCGCGUGUAGAGUUCCCCGGGGUAGAGGAAGUGGGAGAGCGCGCAAGGACCCUUCUUGGAGCUCCUCGUCCUGGAGAGGGGCUGCUUUCCCCUAUCCCACCCGCCCCCGCCGGCCUCUCUGGCCCCCGCCACUCGAAGCUGAGUGGGGCGGGGCGCCAGCAUGGGGCUUUUAUCGGGGGACUGCCAGGACGGGGGCGGUGGCCGCGGCCACGGGGAGCAGCCGGUCAGCCCGGGCUGCGUCGCGGAAGAGGAGUCCUUCUCGGCCCUGAAAGCCGGACAGGAGAAGGAGGACGAGGGGGCGGAAGAAGACUGCGAAGAGUAUGUGGACUUUUCUUUGCUGCCUGACACUCGCAGCAUAGCCUCAGAUGAUUCUUUUUAUCCGGCCGAUGAGGAGGAUGGCUGGCUGGAACAGGACGAGCCUGAGUCCUGGUGCAGCUCGGAGGCGGAGGACGACGCGGAACUGGGGGCCGUCCCGGAGGCCGUGUCCCUCUUCCGUGCGGCCAGCACCAACAACGUGGGGCUGCUGAGAGCACUCAUCAGUAAGGGACCUAGGGCUGAGGAGGUGCUGGAGACUGACCGCAACAGCCGGACUGGCCUUAUUGUUGCCUGCUACCAAGGAUUUGUGGAUAUCGUAGUAGCCUUAGCAGAGUGCCCUCAUAUUGAUGUAAACUGGCAGGACAAUGAGGGGAACACAGCACUAAUUACAGCUGCACAGGCAGGGCACAUAACCAUCACCAACUACUUGCUGAACUAUUUUCCUGGUCUUGACCUUGAAAGAAGGAAUAUAUUUGGGUACACAGCACUGAUGAAAGCGGCCAUGCAAGGUCGAAUUGAAUGCAUCCGAGCUUUAAUGUUGGCAGGAGCAGAUGUCCAUGCAACUGAUCCCAGCAAAAGGAUGACUGCACAGGAAUGGGCAUCUUAUACAGGAAGGUUUGAGGCUGUCUGCGUCAUCCAGAGACUAUUGGACAGGCCCUGUCCUCAGCAAUUCAGUGAACAGUAUAAGCCAGACUGGCUAGGAAAGGAUGUUCUUGUCAAACCAGCCGAACCCAAGAGCUGUUUACAGAGGCUCAGUGAGUGCUUUCGGUCACUCUUGUCUUCUCGCUAUGUUCAAGGCCCUGAAGAUGGUGGGGUCCUCGACCACAUGGUUCGAAUGACCACGAGUCUCCACAGCCCAGCCGUGGCAAUUGCCUGCAAGACUGUGUGCCCCGAGAGCCCUCCCUGCAUCGGGAAGAGGCGGCUUGCGGUGCAGGAGAUCCUCCGGCACCAGAACACUGGCGAGGUCCAUAAUCACAAGAGGGGCAGCAGCCCUGAGAAGCUUUCUCAGAACUCCCAGGUUGAGGAGGCACCCCCAAAUACAGACAGGAGAGGGAGUCUCCAGCCCUCUCCCUCUGCAGCCCCCCGGGGGGGCUCGGUGGCCCCUCGGAAGGCCAGCGUCUUACCCCUGCACUUGUUGAGGAGGAGCAGCGUGAGGCCGGGCUUUGUCAUUCCCAAAGUCCGAAUCAACAAGGCCCCCACUCCCACUUUUCAGCCAGAAAGAGUGAAGAAGAAGAGUGGAGCAAAAGAUAACACCCAUUUGCAGAUCCCCAAGUGGCGAUACAAGGAAGCCAAGGAGGAGAGGAGAAAAGCAGAGCAGGCGGAAAAGAAGAAGACGACGGAGGGUGUUCUAAAAGAGAAGCGGGUCUCUCCCUGGAGGAACAGGACUUGAAGCCAGAUGGAAUUCUUGUCUGGGAUCGGCAGGCUCGUUCUGCCCAGGCAGGGGUUCCGUGGCGCCAAGUAUUCCUGGGGUCGCCCCGAGGAGGCACGAAGGGCAAGGAACACAAGGGUUUGGGGGGGGGGCUCGCCUCAGGCGCCCAGGCCUGUUGGGUGAAAAGUGACGUUUCUUUUGCUGCUAUGUCUAACUCAGGGCUCUAAGGUUCCUCUAUUGCCUAUCUGCUCCUUUUUUACAGAAAUUGUCACGCAGUGGAGAAUCGUUUAUUGAUGCUGCUAAUUUGGAAGCUGGGCAGUGAUUCAGGUACCCAGGUUACUCUACCUGGUCGAAAACAGAAUCAUCUGUAACUUCUCUCCCAUCCUCCAAGGGAAGGUGGAUGGGAUGGCUUGUGCUGAUUUCUCUUCCACCCCAAACAUUCUCUUCAUUGGGGUCCUUGGUAUUCUUUUGACCUAGAUUUCAUUACUUUAAAAAAUCAGGGAAACAGUCACUUUAAAAAGUCAGGAAAACAACUCCCUUUGACAUGGCCUGUACCCUAUGGAAGAACGCAUAGCACUAUUCAUGUCUCAAAGCCAAUAAGAAGGGGUAAUGGACCAUGGAAAUACUGGAAUAUUUUAAUGCACACACUAUUGGCAACACUCCGAUCCUGUAGAAUAGCAUCGAAGACACUAUUUUUAAAAUAAUUGUCCUCUGCCCUAUUUGUCUCUUACUCAAAGACAAUGCAGUUAAAGUGCCUAACACAGUACCCUGGACACACUAGAUACAACAAAUGUUUUUGAAAUUGAAAUUUAAUUGAAUCACAUCUAUCUUGAAUGCAGUAUCUGUAAUAUUACAACUUCGCCAUUCAAAUGUUAUCUUUGCCAGUCAGCAUUGUCAGGGGAAAGGUCUAUCUAUAAGUUAUUUUAGAUAAGUGUUUCCCAAAAUAUGGACUUCUUACCCCAGCCAUUUUAUAUGUGAUUAAAAAGAAAAAAGGCAAAUCCAACCUGGAUUGUUUGAGAGAUUCCUAGUAAGGUCAUCUCUCUUUUACAUCUGGAUUUAUUCACUUAUUAAAACCAGCCAAACAAAAUUUUCAUAAAAAAGAUUUAUAAGCCUUCUAGAAUUGUUAGGUAUAGAAUCAGGGCCACCAAUAUGGGUAGAUAAUGAAUAAUUUUCAUUCUCUAAAAAGUGGAAUCUCUUAAAUGGAAGCAUAUUGCUAUAACAAAAGUGUGUGGUGGUCAGGACUUUCUCUUUAUUUUCUUCCUCUUCUGUCUCUCAUUCUUUGCACUGUGAAGUCAGGGGCCAAAAUGUAUAUAAAUAGUUUCAUUAUCAAAUUUAGGAGAUAAGAACCUAUUCCCUCCAUUUUUGUGCUAAAAAGACAGAAAUGUAUGACAGAUUAAACAACUUUACUGGAGAGUUAGUAACUCAGCUUCUCACUCUUUUACAGAUGUCAUCUACCCCAGAGCAAUAAUUAUAUCAUAUAGAGCAAAUUUGAUAUUCCAAGUUCUUGCUGGUACUUAGUGAGGUUAGAGAUUGGGGAAGGAGAUUAAGUUAGCUGAAUGUUUGAUGGACAAUCACUAUCUUAAAUCAGCAAUAGGUCAUUGAUAUUAUAAUAUUACUUCCUAUGUCCCCCCAAAGUUGGCAUUCAUAUAAUACUGCAUGGAUUUCCCGGUAUUUAUUAGGUAUGCCCUGCUCUGGUGCUAUUCGGUCCUCUCUCUUGUCAUAUUCCUUUAAUAGUUCAAAACUUGACCAGAUUAUUGAUGCAACUGAACUCCACAUUUUACUGAAUUUGUAUUAGGAAGUGGGAGCUUAGAAUGUUUUUUACUAUAGGCAAAAGACAUUUUGGGGUCCACAUACUGAAUGGGCAAAUGGUGCAGAGAACGCUUAUGAUGUCUUAGAUAUUUCUUCUGAACUGUCAAGCCCACACGUUUUGACCAAGUAAACAUGCUCUUGGCAAAUCAGAGGCAAUAUUUGUAACUUUUCCUGUUGGAAAAAAAAAUAAUUGGUCAAAGGAAUAUAGUAGAAAAGGCAUAAUGCGUAUCAUAAUUGUGUGUUGGCAGGGGACAGAGAAGUGAUUACUGUCUGUGUAGUUGUAUAUGUAUGCAUGCUUAUACAAAUGUAUGGGCACAUUAUGUGGAAAACAGAAAACAAACAAAAAAAGUAAAUGUUUAGUACCAGAUUGGUGUAUGUUUAUUUAUCCAACUUUAUUAUUACUUAACUCCUUACAACCUGGACUUUGAAGGAAAAUCUUAUUUUUUCACUUUUUUUCCUCAUGGAUAGCUUAUUUUAGAUCUUUUUCUUCCUGCAUAAGCAGAUUUACAAAUACAGCAGUUUCACAAGGCAAGGAAAUUGUCUUCCAGUUUCAUCUUCCUGCUAUAGCAGGAUGCUAAUGCUCUUGUUUUCUAAUCCAACCACAGAAUGGGAAAGGGAAUAACCCUAUACUUUCUCUAUCUCUUUUAUUUCCUGGGAAUUUCAGUUUUCCUAUUUACUUUUAUACAAGGGAAUUUUUUUUUUCUACACAGGACUUAAAGAUCAUUAUACCAUUCACAUACUAGAGACCACACAGACUGCCCAUUCAUUAUUUGACAAUGUCAGCAGAACAGGUUGAUGACAACUAAAGAAAAAUAUAGAUAUGCUUGUUCAUUCUCAGCUUUUUCAGUGAACUAGCUUAGCCAUACUGACAGGGAAACAAGGGACAGUGGAAUAAAGAUUUCCAACAGGGAAAGCAUUGACAAAGGACACCUUAGGCAAGAAAAUUUUGUUGUUUCCUCCUUAUCUCUUUUUUAAAAAACAAGUUUUAUUAGAGCAGAAAUUGGCUCCUUUUUUCCCUACAGGGAAAGAGAAUCAUAUGUCAGUUAAGUGUAAAUUUGUCACGUGUUGGGUUUGUUUGUUUUUCCCAGGUGGCCAUAUUUGCUAAAGUUCAAUAACUUGUUCUCACAAAACUUUUAUUUUCCUACCACACACCCUACCACAUUGCCUUUUGGGGCUGAAAAUGGAAAAUGGAAGAAUAAGUCUGACUAUUCAGCAUUUGACAUUUGACACCUGCUCUUCAUAACCUCCGCUUUCUUAAACCCUUUGCUGACUGCUUCACCCCCAUCCCUAUCAAAAUUCCUUGCAGAAUUUCUAGCAUCAAUUAUUCUGGAGGCAAAAAAAGGGCAUAAAAGUGAGAUGAAAGCAGUAUGGUAACCCCCUGCUUUGGUAAUACUAAGUGACAAUCUUUAGAUUGCAUGAAAUGAAGGAAAACUGAUUCCACCCAUUUCUAUGAAUUUGACUACAUUUUUUAUAAUUUUCUUUUUGUAAAUAGGAAAGUAAAAUGUACUGAAAAAACUUGUCCAGAUUGAACAAGGGCAUAAGAAUUCCACUUCACUUUUUAAAUAUUGAGUUAACUGUUCAACAGAUUUAAUUCUCUAUAUCUCCCUUUCCCUUUCAGCACCACUCCCUCCCUUUUGCUCUUUUGUCUUUCUUACUUGGCACUUGAUUAGAGAUUAUUUUCAUUCUCCUUAAUUCCUUAAGGGUAUUAUAGUUAAACUAAAAAUAAAAUAGAUAAGGCAGUUGCAUAGCUCAUCUUUUCAAACCUCAAUCAAUGCCCUGCCCACUGGAAGUAUUUUCUUUUCUCCUUUCCCUUCUCCCUCCAAUUCCUGGGAAUUACCUUUCAUUUCUUGAUCAUAAGCAGUCCAGAUUUGUGUUAACUGAGAUAUUUAAGAAAAUGUUGCUUUUUUGGUUUAUGCAGUCAAUCACUGAUAUUUCAAUAAUUUCUUGUGACUAUAAAUACAUUGAAUUAAACCAGCUCUUCCAUAAAAGCAAAACAUAUCUGUUUGAUAGAAAUUUUCAAACAAAGCCAAAUGGACUUAGAGUUUAAACACAUUUUUCACAUUUUAGUUGAUUUCUUUAGUUCUCAAACACUGAGGGUUAAAACAUACACUUCUGUGUUUUCUACCUCUUAAUGUGAAUAAAAUGUCCCAGGGUCUUCCCUGCAUUGAGAUCACUAGAGGCAAAAGGAGCCAGUAGGAAGUGAAUCCAGGAUCCAUUGGACUUCCAAAAACAUAAGCACUUUAGUUGGCUACCAGAGCAAAGCAUACAGAAGACUUUGAAGCAUUAAACCGUAUUUGAAGUUUUUUUUUUCCUCUUUGAAGCUUCUUAUAGCAAUUUCCUGGCAGCACUACAUUAUAUACCUCAAGAAUGUGAUGACCUGUAUGUAUUCUAGAAGUUCUUUGGUUUGGGCAAGAGUGACAUUUUAGUCUCUUGUUUGAUGAAAUACAUAAGUAUCAUGGAAAAUACAAAUACUGAAGUAGUUUGGUGCCACUCCUGUCCUUGUUUCUAGCUUACAAUAAGACUAUCUCUAGUCAGAAAUGGGAAUGCUUUAUAAUCAAAUUUUCCCCCAAAUUUAGGUCCACCAUAUAGGGUUAGAUUCCCGUGCUACCUUGUAAAGUUGCAAAUUUCUUGAAUUACCAAGAUAGUAGGUAGAAAUAAAUUAAUAUGAAGGAGUCAUUUGAGAUUUUUUUUUUUUUUUACUAAAACCAAUAGGAAAUUUUUUCUGUUGGCACAUUGACAAGAAUACUGUAUCCAAGAGACAUCAAACUUAAGUAUGAAAGUAAGAGAGGUGAUAACUUUUCACAGUUUGAUUUGGUGCCUAUAAUAUUUGAAAGGAAAAACUCAUAAAUCGGGUUUGGCUCAUUCAUUUCUCCAGCUUUAUCCAUUUCUACUCCAGUGUAUACUCUUUACUAUUCAACAUCCAUAAAAUAUAAUAUACUUAAAAUCCUUUAUAAUUAUUCUUGCAUAUGACCAACAAUUGUUAGUGCUGAUGUAUUGCUAACACAGUAUUAUGGAAAUUAUAAUGGUAAUACCAAAGAGUUUACUCAGGCCUAUUUUCCCAAUGUAAAGUAUUAUUUUAAUAUUGAACAAGUGUUUUGAUACUUCACAAAAAUCAUAAUUCUGUCUCAAGGUGGUGGUGAAUUUUGCCAUGCUAUGUAACAUAUCUGGUCCUGACUCUUAGAUGUUGAACAGGGUAGGCCUCGAUUUCCAUUUCUUUAAAAUAAGAGGUUGGAGUAGAUAGUAUCCAAAUUCCCUUCCAUUGAUAAUAUUUUAAUUGAUUAUAUAAUUUUUUAUGGUUCUGUGUGGACAAUCUUAGUACAGGCCACUUUAGCUAUGCAAGUCAUCAACUCAAGUUUUUUUGGGAGGAUUACCAAUCUUCAGAUCUAGGAAGACCUAUAGAUUAACCGCAUUAAAAAGAAAAAAAAAACACCUUAAAAGAAAUGCAGUUGCUUUAAAAGUCAUUGAUUGCAAAAUUGGUUCAGCCAUAAAAACAACAGGGAUAUUUUAGCUAAGAUGGUUCCCCAAUGAUGAUUUUUUAUCUCUGAAAUAACUUGUUUAAGGUGUUGAUUAUGCUAUUUCUUCCUUUUUUUGAUUUUUUUUUUUGGAUGCACUAAGUACUUGGUUCAAAGGGGUUUAUGUACAUCAGUAAGCCACUAACAUGAAAUCACUUUUUUUCCUACUUUGAUGCUUUUCAUGCACAUUAAUGGUAAAGAACAGAAAAGGAACACUGAGGGUUGAAAAGAUAAAUUUUAAAAAGACAAACAAUAUGGAUUGGUUUGAUUCUUUUUUUACUCAGAUUGACAGCAGUGUUAUUUCCUCAAUGGAUCUGGGCCUAAAACAGCCUUUAAGGAAAAACAAUGGUAUUUGAGUGGCUAUGACUUGUUAAAUAGGUAUGGACACAUUAGAAGUAUAUUAAGAAAAAUGUGACAGUGACUUCUCUGGACUUCCUAAAUGUGGCUUGUGGCUUGUAGCUUGUCUGUGUAUUUGGGGGAAGGUGGAGAGGGGAUAGUAUCUGAGGCAAAAGCAGCAUACUAUGUGGAAAGAGCACUGAAUGUGGAACUUAAAAAACUAGAUUCUAAUCAAGACUCAUGAAGCCUCAGAUAAUUCUUUUAGGAAGUUGGCAACAUUUGAAAUUUUAAAAUCCCUUCUUUACUCUAAAUCUAAAUGAUUUGAAAGACAUCCACCCCUCCAUGCGGAGUUAAACCCUAUGUCCCCUUUGUGAAGAUUGGUAAUAUUUGCCAUUGUAAGAUAGCCCAUUGGACUCUCUAUAGGAGAUCUGGUUUCUAAUUUUAGUUCUAGCAUUAAGUCUGUGUGACCUUGGGAAAUCCUUCUUUCCUCUGGACCUCAUUUUCCUCAUCUACUUAAUUAAAUUAGAGAAGCUCCAACUGACCCUAACAAUUUUUCCUUUAAAAUUUACUUUGUACAAGAUUUUAGUAGGAAUUCAUCUUUUAGGAAACCCACUUCUCUUUCCCUCUUCCUCCCCAUCUUUUUAGCUAUUAGAUCCACAGUGGUGAUGUUACAUUGAUCUAUAAUAACUACAUAGAUCAGUAAAAGAUUAAGGGAGAUAUUUGAUCUAAAGUAUGAGUGGAACUUGGUAGCUUUUAAGAAGAUUCAGAAAAGAUACAUGAAAAUGAUACAGUAACAGUUACAGUAGCAUCUUCUGAUGCUGUUAUUUCCAAGAAGUCCCAAUUGGGUAAGUUCUUGUGAAUAUAUAGGGUUAAAGCUGAGUCUUAGAUGUACACUGAGUAAAACAGAAGAAGAGGAAAUUAUAAUUUCAGGUAAAUCAUCCCUUUGAGAGGACAGUUGAGGGAAGAGUUCAGUUUCAGUCGAUUUGUGACCCCAUUUGGCGUUUUCUUGGUUUGGUAAAAGAUACUGCAGUGUUUUGCCACUUUCUUCUCCAGCUCAUUUUAUAGAUAGGAAACUGAGGUAAACAGGACUAAGUGUCAAGCCCAGGGUCACACAGCUACUCAGUGCCAGAUUUAAACUCGGGUUUUCUUGAUUUCAGUGAUUUCAGCCACUAGCUGCCCCAAUAGAGAAUAUGAAAGAAUAAUAAAAAACACGUUUCACUGAAAUACUAUCAACUAUAUAAAAAUGCCUACAUGUAGUUUUUAAGUAAUUUGUUCUUAAGAACUACUAUAACGUAGAUUAAGAAUUUAACUUUUCCUUUUAUGACCACAAUGUACAUUUUGAAAAAUCCUGCUAUGUCAAUAUAAAAAUUUUUCAAAUAAGCUUUUCUUUAUGGUACAGGUCUCGUUAAAAUGAUGUUGAUUAUGGCUGUAAUUAUCAUGAUGUCAAAAUUUUUUAUUUCAAGGUUAUGCCUUUUAUCAGCUACAGCUGAAAGCAUUUGUGUUUGGGUUAAAAGCACAUCUGGGGACAUAAAUUGAAGAGAUACUAUCUUUGAUGUCUGGAUUAUUUUUUUAAAAAGUUUACUCAAAUAUGUGGAACUCAGAUGAUUGGAAAUAUUUUUUCUCAAUGCUAACAAAAUUAUUACCUCAUAUUAAAAUGAAAUCAAGGUGAUAUUAAGUUACCGUUGAAGGGAAUAGAAAAGUAUGCAUGGAUAGAGGAUAAAAAAUGAAGUAAACAACUUCUGAAUGUACAAUAGUAAUGCUUGAAGAAAACUCAACAUUUUAACUUGAAGAUGAUUGUAAAAACCUGAUUUUUAAAAAAUCUUAAAUUAUAUUAAUUUAAUUCAAAUAAUUGUGAGAUUUCUUAGUAACUAUUUGAUUUUGUUUUCAAAAGGCAUUUAUAUUCUUAAUUUAACAAGAUUUUGUGUUACUUUUGAUUGAAUUAGCUGUCUUGUAUUUUUUGGGUUUUUUUCUUUUUAUAGAUCUUACUGUGACCUUCUUAAAGCCCUGAAGUCUAAUGUAUAGAAAAAUUAUAAUUUUGGUAUUGUAUUGUUCAGAAGGACCCUUGAAUAAAAAAUAAAACAUGA